GUUGCAUUCAAUAAAAAACACAUAUAAAUAUAUACAUCGAUUCUUGCUUUGUUUCUUUUGUAUUUCUUUUUCACACUUUUUAUAAAAUGGAUGACAGCUACGAUAUUAUUGUUCUCGGCACUGGUUUGACCGAAUGUAUUCUCUCUGGUAUCUUCUCUGUUGAAGGCAAAAAGGUGCUUCAUAUGGACAGAAAUGACUACUAUGGUGGUGAAUCUGCCUCUUUGAACUUGACUCAGCUCUACCGUAAAUACAGACCUGAUGCUGAGGUUCCUGCCGAAUUGGGUCGAGACCGUGACUACAAUAUCGACUUGAUCCCUAAAUUCAUGAUGGCUAAUGGUGAAAUUGUUCGUUUCUUGACUCAUACUGAUGUCACUCGUUACCUUGAAUUCAAACAAAUUGCUGGUUCUUUUGUCUACAGGGAUGGUAAGAUUUCUAAGGUACCUGCCAGUGAAAUGGAAGCUAUCUCUACCUCCUUGUUGGGUGUUGCUGAAAAGCGCCGUUUGCAAAAGUUCCUUGAAUUCAUUCAAAACUACAAGGAUACUGAUGAGUCCACUCAUGAAGGCUUGGAUUUAGAUAAGAACACAAUGGCUGAUGUCUAUGCAAAGUUUGGUCUUGAAGCUGCUACUCAGCAAUUCAUUGGCCAUGCCAUGGCACUUCACUUGGACGAUCAAUACCUCGCUCAACCUGCUCGUGAAACCACUGAGAAGAUUGUUCUUUAUGUUGCUUCCAUGGCUCGUUAUGGUAAAAGUCCUUAUAUCUAUCCCCUUCAUGGUUUGGGUGAACUCCCUCAAUCUUUUGCCAGAUUGAGUGCUAUUUAUGGUGGUACCUACAUGCUUGACAGAGCUGCUGAUGAGAUCCUUUAUGAAAACGGUGUUGCAGUUGGUAUUCGUUCUGGAACAGAAACUGCCAAGGCCAAACAAAUCAUCUGUGAUCCUUCUUAUGCCAAGGACAAGGUCAAGGCUACCGGCAAGGUUGUCCGUGCCAUCUGUUUCCUAAAGCAUCCUAUUCCCAACACCAGUGAAGCUGAUUCUGUUCAAAUUGUGAUCCCCCAAAACGAAUUGGGCCGCAACCACGAUGUCUAUGUGGCUAGUGUCUCCAGCAACCACGCUGUCUGCCCCAAGGAUAUGUAUUUAGCUAUUGUCUCCACUAUUGUUGAAACUGAAGAUCCCGAAAGUGAGAUCAAGGCAGGUUUAGAUGUCUUGGGCCCUAUUCAUGAUAAAUUCAUUUCUGUCUCUGAUAUUGAAGAACCUUUGUCAGACGGUAAAGAAGACCAAGUGUUUGUGUCAAAGUCUUAUGAUGCUACUUCUCACUUCGAAACUGUCUGUGACGAUGUCAAGAAUAUCUACAAGCGCAUGACUGGCACCGACCUUGUUCUCAAGAAGAGAACUGAAGCUGAACAAACUGAAGCUUAAUUUUAAUAUCAUCAUCUCUUUUUUUGCAUUUUACACAUUUCAUAUUUACAAUUCAAUAAACACAAAUAAACGAAAACACAUGGUGUUAUUUAGUUCUAAUGAAAGAAAAA